AUGGUACCGAUGGGUGGUUUCUACUCCCCUUCCUCGACCUUACUCAUCUCGACGGCGUUCACGACCGCGUACGUGUCCUCAAUCUACCUCUUUCCCGCCAGUCGAGUCUCGUCCGGUUCUUCUCGGCCUGUCGCACCUUCAACACCAUUAUCUACAAGCAGCACGCAUGCAUCGAUCCCACCUACCGCCAUUCCACGAGAUCGUAACUGCCCCUCCGUCAUCAGAGCCCGCCUCUUGGCGGUGACCAUCGUAUCCUCCCUCGCAUGCCUCUCCAUCCGCUCCCUCCUUCAACGCUACCCCCUUCCCCCGUUCAUCCCCCCGCCUCCACCCUCCUGGGGCUCGACCUUCCGACCUCCGCCUCAAAACUCUUCAAGCUCAUUACCUAUCCUCUAGGACUUACCGCGUCCUUGUUCUUGGGCUCGUUGUACGUCGCUUUUCUUGAUGGGAGCUUGUUGCCUGGACAAAGAGGCUUCAGGUGGCGGGAAGUGAGGGAUCAGUUCACGUCGCUGCAGGGGAUCAGGAAUUACAUCGUCGUGAGUUGCUUUUUGUUCGAGAUACUAUUCUGGAUCCAUCAUCCUUCUGUCAUCAGGGGUUUGGUGGAGAGCACUCCCAACCCGCGAAGAUUUUCGCUUUCCCUUUGUGCUCACCCAGACCCCCCACAUCGUCUCCUCCUUUCAUUGCCUCGAACCAGGGUCCCUGGACCGAAGAACUCGUCUUCCGCUCGGCCAUCAUCUCCAUCUCCGCAUUGGGAGGCUGGUCCAAGAAACAACUCGUGUUCCUCACACCUCUAUACUUUGGGAUAGGUCAGUCAACAGCAGUGCCGAGGGAAAGUACCGAGAGGCUGAUCACGCGCUUGAUGGGCUUGCGCUCUGGGAUAGCGCAUGUGCAUCAUGCUUAUGAGGUGUAUAUCGGACAUGGGAGGACGAAACAAGCCUUGGUGAAUGGUGUGCUUGGUUCAGGUAAGGGUUAUCCUGCGAGUCAGCUGCCUGCUCGGUCGAGCAUAGCUCGAUUCGACGUAGCUGAUUUGAGCUUUUUUUUUCUAUGGUCCGACAGCCUUCCAAUUCGCGUACACGACCUUGUUCGGGUGGUACGCCACGUUCUUGUUCGUGCGAACCGGUGCGUUCUUUUCUCCCUUCUCGUUCGACGAGUUUCAUCCCGUGUUCGGUCAAGCUCCGAGCCAACCCCGUCAUGCUUGCACAGGUUCGAUCCUCCCUCCGAUCUUGGUUCACACCUUCUGCAACUGGUGGGGCUUACCUCCCAUCGUGGGUGCGUUGAGGGUCUAUCCGGAGAAGAAGAUUCGUACGUUCUUCGUUUAUUCUUGUUUGGGGGGAUUCUAUCGGCGAUGUGCUGAUUCAGCACUUUUUACGGCAGCUAUCAUUGCGAGUUAUGUACUCGGGAUCGCAACUUUCAGUUAUGGUUUGUUCAGAUGGACAGAGCCGAGGUUGUUUGGAGGGAGUUGGUAUUGGAAUUAA